AUGAUUGGAGCGGACGACUCUUUGAAACUGGGAAUCAUAUAUUGGGCCACAGGGCAAACAGUCCUGUUCUAUUUGCUCGAAGACUUAGCCUUUGGUUUGGAAGCAGCAGGAGUGCUAGUUUUUUCCGCUGCUGCAGGUGAAGGAGAGGCCUCCUCUUUCUUCACCUUGGAAACAACCUUCUUGACGUACUUGGUCUUCUUGCUGUCAGUCUCCGAGGUUGGGCUGGCCGUGGUGGCCACGGUUUCGGCCGCAGUGGCUGGUUCCGUGUUCGACUCGGUGGUUGGCUCGGUAGGCGUCUCAACUGGCUUAGUUUCAGUAGUUGGUUCCGCAGUUGGUUCCGCAAUUGGUUCCGCAACAGGUUCAGCGGCCUUCUCGGUAGUGGUCUCAGUAGGCUCUGCGGUGCUGGCAGCAGCAGCACGCUGGUUCAAAACCUUUGGGUCCACAGUUCUAAUUUCAGAAAAGGCUGAAAUAGAGUGUGGGUCUGAAGGAACAACAAUACCUGGUUCACCCAGAGUGGUCUGCUUGCCCUCAGAUGAAGGCAGAACGGUAGGCUUAAGCUCGGUCUCGGGCUCCUUAACGGCCGUCUUAACAGGCUCUGCCUCCUUAACAGGCUCUGCCUCCUUGUCCUUGCCUGAAGCAGCAAUUCCAGCAGCGCCAACAGCGCCAGUAGCACCAGCAACACCAGCAGCCAGUGGAACAGAAAGUCCUCCAGCCUCGGGAAUUUUGGCGCUUUUUGUAUCUUCGGUAGAAACAACAUCCUUUGUGUAG